GAUAGAAAUCAUGUUUGUCUUUGGUAGGUAAUUGAUGAAAAAAAAGAAAAAAGAGGUCGUCACGAAUUCGCGAGUGAAAUAAAUUGAUUGAGAAAGAUUGCAACGUUAUUUUUACAUAAAGGUGCUCUGUGUAUUGUUGGAAUUUACCCAAAAUAUUUUUAACGUGUGUACAAUAAAUGUUAAAGUAUUUUGGCUGUGUAGUGGUUCAGACAAUAUGUGCACUGUGUUGAUAACGAAUGACAUCUGUUAACAAUAGGAAAACAGUAGCUAGAAGACGUACAUAAUAUUUAUCCAGGAUGUCAACCGACGUGAUAAACAUAACGCAUCAGCCGAUCAUGGAGACUGUAGCGGACAUGUUGAAGGAACCUGUGUUCCUGCAGACGGCGACCGCGCAAACCAUUGCGGGGAUGUUUGUGUGGACUGCACUCUUCAUUACUUGCCAACAGAUUUACCAACACCUCCGCUGGUACACCAAUCCAUCGGAGCAGCGUUGGAUCGUGCGCAUAUUGUUCAUCGUACCAAUUUACGGCAUACACAGUUGGAUCUCGCUACUAUUCUUCACCGGAAACUCUUAUUAUGUUUACUUCUUCACCAUAAGGGAUUGCUAUGAAGCCUUAGUGAUAUACAGUUUCCUAUCUCUCUGCUACGAGUACCUGGGCGGGGAAGGCAACAUAAUGUCCGAGUUGCGUGGGCGGCCGGUGCGAGCCUCGUGCGUCAACGGCACUUGUUGUCUCUCCGGCGCCACCUACACCAUCGGGUUUCUGCGGUUCUGCAAACAAGCCACACUUCAGUUCUGUCUGGUCAAGCCUCUAUGCGCCUUUAUCAUCAUUUUCUUGCAGGCGGCCGGCCACUACCGUGACGGCGACUGGAGCAUCAGCGGUGGUUACAUCUACAUCACGAUUGUGUCCAAUUUCUCCGUCAGUCUCGCUCUGUACGGCCUGUUCAUGUUCCUGGGAGCCACCCGCGAGAUGCUGCAGCCUUUUGACCCCGUGCUCAAGUUCUUCACCGUCAAGUCGAUCAUCUUCCUCUCGUUUUGGCAAGGCGUGGCCCUGGCGAUCCUGGAGAAGGCGGAGGUGAUCGCGCCGCUGACGACGGCGGGCGGCGCGCGCACGUCGGCGGGCACGGUGUCGGCGGGCUACCAGAACUUCCUGAUCUGCCUGGAGAUGCUGGCGGCGGGCGUGGCGCUGCGCUACGCCUUCCCGGCCGCCGCGUACGCGCGCGCGCACCGCGACCCGCACCGCGCCGUCACCAUGCAGUCCAUAUCCAGCAGUCUCAAGGAGACGGUCAACCCCAAGGACAUAAUGACAGACGCGUUCCACAAUUUCCACCCGCAGUACCAACAAUAUACCCAAUACAGCUCAGAUGUCACUUCUCAUCUGCCUUAUGAGAAACUAUAAGCUCUGCCAUAGCUGUUCUCUGCAUGACAUGCAUUGAUGUCUUACUUACAUAAUAAUAAACCAUUCAUAAUCCCCGAGCAUGGAAAAACCACUAACCAAAAUUUUCAUAAUAAAAAAAGAUAUAAAAGACAACUGGGACAAAUUAAAAAUCAUUAAAAUUUUAAUAAUGAAGUUUAGGAAUACAAUUAUAAUUAGAAAUAACGUAAUUUUAAUUAAAAGUAUUUGUGCCUUGAGAAAUAAUACUUGCUGUUACUUAAUUGUUUCACGUUGGUAUUCGGUGCUCGGAUAAGAACAUGUUCGUUUAAUUAUAACUUUUUGUACCUAUUUAAAAAUAGAGGUAUUUGACUAGUCCGAAGCGCGAUAAGCGAUAACGCUUUUCACUAAUUACUCAAGACAAUGGCAAAAUUAUUUCGAAAUAACAACUUUUAUAAGGCAUUUGUUUGAAGGCAGUAUUUUGUUAAAAAAUAGAUUCACCAUCUUUGAAUGGAUGAAUAAUCCUCUGAUAAACGUUUAUUAUAAGCCCUAUCAAACUAUUCGGACUAAUCAUUGCCAUAUAGUUAAGUUUUUUUAUUUAUCGAUAAAAGAUAUGGUCCAGUUUGUUUUUUUCUUGACUUGCUUUUUUGUUUCUACGGAAAACAACAUUCAGCUAUAUACUGCCAAGUUAUUAAACCUAUAUGAAACCAUUAAAAUGAAAAAAAAAGAACUGGCCAUAGCAAAAAAGAUAAAAAAAAGUUUUUUUUUAUAUUUUAUCUUGUGUUACUGAUUACAGGGGGUUUUCUGAGUUUGAAAAAUCCCACUGGACCUUAACUAUUAUCUAGGUAGUUUAUAUGUUAAAAGUACCUAUUUUACAGUGUACAUGUUUCAUUUUCUGUGAUUUUAUUAUUUCUUUUUUUAUGUAAUUUUUAUUACUUAUCUUAAAUAGUAAGUGGAUAAAAUCCUUUAGAAGAUGCUAGAUUUGAUUUGAGAUACUUACAGAAUCUAGGCAUUUGGCAGGUUCGUCUAAUAUUCAAUGAUGAUAAAUAUAUUGAAAAAUUUGGACUGCCAAACCAAAGAACGGCAUUUUAAGUUUAUAACAAGCUGUUUUUGUUUGAAUAACAAUCAAGUUAAUUUAAUAUUAACAACCUGCAGAACAUAUUGUUUUUUUUUUAUUUUUAAUAGUGUAUAUAGUAUUAAUUAUUAUUUUUUGUAACAAACAUAUUAAAACAGAAAGUAUUUGUCUAAGUUUAGCUCCGAUUAGUUAAGUUAAAAUCGAAAUUAGUAACGAAUUUACACACAUUGUACUUGGCCUUCUUUCACUUAUAAAUAAACUACUUUACAAAACUA